ACUGUGGUUUUGAACACAUUUUGCGCUGAGAUGCCAAGUCUGUUGAUCUCAAAGCACUGAACGAUAAAUCACCUGUAGGAAAAUGUUAUUUAUCGGAAGGAUGGUAAAUCAUAAAACUGAGUUUUGAUCUUUGGCUGCUGGCCUUGAUUAAAUUAUUAAAGACUGUUAGUCUUGAAUACUAUUGCGUAAAUAUGAUGAUAACUGCUGGUCUCGAUUAUUGGCUGCUGGCCUGGAUGGAAUGUUUCUAGACUGUUUAUCUUGAAUGCGGUUGCGGAAAGAUAACGAUGACUGCUGGUCUCGAUGUACUGGCUGCUGGCCUGGAUCAUUGUUUUUUUUUUGGUUGGAUUUAUCUAAGCCUUUGGGUUUGAAUAAGAUUAUGUCAUGAGAGUGAUGACUGCUGGUGUCAAUAAUGAUUGAUGGAGUUGUUUCGAGCGGUGAAGCCGUUCGAUUUAAACGUCGAAGAGAUACGUCUCGCGUCAGAGUGGACAAGAUGGAAAAGGCAGCUCGAAUGCUACUUUAGAGCAAGUGACAUAAACGAGCAAUCUGAGAUGUGUGCAAAGCUACUGUAUCUUGGAGGCCCAGACCUUCAGGAUCUUUAUGAAAACUUACCGGAUGCUAAACGAGUAUCAUUUGUUUUGAGUAGCCCUCCUUAUUACGACGCGGCUAUUGCUGCUUUUGAUGCACAUUUUGAACCUAAACGGCUAGUAGCAUAUGAACGGUAUCUCUUCAGACAGAUGACACAGAAAGCGUCAGAAAGGAUAUCAGAUUUUGCUUUGAGAUUGCGUGUACAAGCAAAACGAUGCAAUUUCAACCCGGAUAAUUUCGAAGAAAUGAUCAUUGAUCAAAUCACGGAGAAAUGUUAUUCGGAUGCUUUACGGAUGGAGAUCCUCAAACGGGAUACAAGAUCUUUGAGUGACAUAAUCUCCAUAGGAACAACGAUGGCUGAUUCGAAGGAAAAAUCAAUGGAAAUGGCUAAGAAUAUUCCGAGUAACAGAGGGGAAACAGCCGUAAAUGCAAUCAAGGGUUACAAACCUAAACAGAAAUUUUUGGGUCGCGCUCCAGCCAUGAAUCGCGGAGUUAUUAUGACAUGCUAUGCAUGCGGGCGGGCUGGCCAUUUGAAAUCAAGUAAAUGGUGUCCAGCAAAGGAUGUCAAGUGUAAUAAGUGCCAUGCUAUGGGACAUUUUGCCAGAUGCUGUUUUAGAUUCAAUGGAGACAAGAGCGUGGGAUUUUCAGAAAACCGUAAAAGACCAUUUCCAGAUAGAUUCGAACCAUCAGAGAGGCCUGUAAAGCGUAUAAAGGUAAUAAGUGGAGAUUCUGAUGAAUGCCAAGACAACGGAAACAUUUUUUUCGCAAUGGGUCGGAACAUAUUCCAUUUCCUGAUCGGAAAAGUCGAGGUUCCCAUGACAAUUGAUUCUGGGGCAGAUGCGAAUAUUAUAUCCACAACGGUUUGGAAACAGAUGAGAGACGCGAAUGUUCAAAUACAUAAUUUUUCAGAGGAAGGAGACAGAGUAUUGAGAGCCUAUGCUAGCAAGCAGGCUUUGAAAAUCCUCGGGAUGUUCUCCGCUGAGAUUCAAGCUGGUCUGAAUAAAGCGAUUGCCAAAUUCUACAUAGUAGAUGGAGAUAGUCAGUGUUUGCUUGGCGAGAAGACGGCUUCAGAAUUACGAGUACUAAAAAUUGGUUUUGAUGAAGUAGCAUCGAUCGAAGCAACAAGAAAGUUUCCAAAAAUGAAAGGUGUUUUGUUGGAAAUUCCUAUAGAUAUUACCGUUCAGCCUGUUCAGCAACCUUACCGGCGUCCACCAAUCGCUCUUGAAAAUUUAAUCGAGGAAAAGCUGAAGUUUCUACUUGCUCAAGACGUAAUAGAAAAAGUUUCGUAUCCAUCUCCAUGGGUAUCGCCAUUGGUACCGAUCCUAAAAGACUCUGGAGAAAUACGACUCUGAGUAGAUAUGCGUAGAGCGAAUCGCGCUGUUUUGCGAGAGAAGCAUCCGUUGCCUGUAAUUGAUGAGCUACUGAGCAGCAUUCGUGGAGCAGUUCUUUUCUCCAAACUCGAUAUAAAAGAAGCGUAUCAUCAGAUUGAGAUUUUAGAGAAAUCACGCGAGAUAACAACUUUUAUUACAAAAUUUGGAUUGUUCAGAUAUAAAAGGCUGAUGUUUGGUGUCAGUUCUGCUUCAGAGCUAUUCCAGAAAGUGAUGGAGACUGUAGUGGCUGGACUGGACGGGAUUGUAGUGUAUCUCGAUGAUAUAGUAGUUUCAGGAAGAUCAAAAGCGGAACAUGAUAGAUGUCUUCAAGCAUUACUGGACAGAUUUAAGAGCUUUGAUAUAUUACUGAACUUAGAGAAGUGUAGAUUCAGUGUCAAGAAACUAGAAUUCCUGGGGCAUGAACUUUCAAUCAAUGGUAUUAGACCAACUGAUAGUAGAAUUCAAGCUGUCCAACAAUUCCGUUCUCCUAUGAGUGUUGCUGAACUACGUAGUUUUUUGGGACUAAUAACUUAUGUUGGAAGGUUUUUACCAAAUCUUGCUAGCAAAACGGAUACACUGAGAAAUCUUUUGCGCGAGGGUGUUUCGUUCAUUUGGAAAGAGGAACAUCAAACCGCUUUUGAAGCUAUCAAGUCUGAAAUAGCAAAUGUAGGUUUCCUUGGAUACCUCGAUCCAAAGGAUACGAGCAUCCUGGUUACAGACGCAAGCCCUACCGGACUUGGAGCGGUUUUACUACAAGAAAACCAAAAGCGCGAGAAAAGAAUCAUUGCAUUUGCAAGUAAGUCUCUGACCGACUUAGAAAAAAAAUAUUUUCAAACGGAAAGGGAAGCUCUGGCUCUGGUUUGGGCCAUCGAAAAAUUUCGUCUUUAUCUGCUAGGAACGAAUUUCAAAUUAAUAACGGAUUGCAAGCCUUUGGAUUUUCUCUUCUGCCAUCGUUCUAAACCAUGCCCUCGGAUUGAAAGAUGGGUUUUACGUGUCCAAGCUUAUCGGUUCCAGGUGAUUUACCAGCCAGGAGCUACCAAUAUAGCGGAUGUGCUUUCACGUUUAUCGAUUUCAACACCGGAACCAUUCGAUGAGGAUAGCGAAGUGUUUAUAAGAAGUUUAGUAGCAGCAGUCAUUCCAAAGGCGGUUACCGUGUGCGAGGUGGAGGAAGAAACAGCGAAGGACGAUAUUCUAAAAAAUCUAUCGAUAGCUUUGGAACAAGGGAAUUGGUUGGAAUGUGUGAAACCGUUUAAAGCAUUUGAAUCGGAAUUAUAUCGGGCAGGAAAUUUGAUUAUGCGCGGAGAUCGAUUGGUUAUUCCUUCGGUGCUUCAAAGUAAAAUACUUGAACUUGCUCAUGAGUCUCAUCCCGGGAUCGUCUCAAUGAAGAAGAGGUUACGACAAAAGGUGUGGUGGCCAGGAAUCGACAAGCAAGCAGAAACAAUUGUAAAACAUUGCAAAUCAUGCACGAUCGUGUCAGCCUUGGAGGCUCCAGAGCCAAUCAGAUCUACAAAGAUGCCAGGACACAAUUUGUUGGUGAUCGUUGAUUAUUUCAGCCGGUUUAUUGAAGUUAUUGUCAUGAAGCAAAUUACAGCGACGUUGACCGUAAGAGCUUUCCACGAGACGUUUUGUCGUUUUGGUAUGCCAGAAACAUUGAAAACAGAUAACGGACCGCAGUUUAUCAGUGAGGAAUUUCGGAGUUUUUGCGAACAAUUUGGGAUAGAAGUGAGAAAAUCUACACCGUAUUGGCCACAGGCAAAUGGAGAAGUAGAAAGGAUGAAUGGUAUGAUAAAAAAACAUCUCAAGAUUAGUCAAGCCGAAGAUACGGAUUGGAAAUGGGAUCUGCGUAUGUGCGUGUUGAUGUACAAUUCAACGCCACAUAGUACCACGGGGGUGGCUCCAUCCGUCCUUAUGUUUGGACGAAUCAUGAAGGACAAACUCCCAGCUUUCCAGGGUAACAAUAAUAUGGUUUCGGAAGAAGUGAGGGAUAGGGACAAGGAACAAAAGCUUAAAAGUACUGGGAACUCUGAUCGACGUCGCCGAGCUAAAUCACGCCAGCUCAAGCCUGGGGAUACAGUUGUGGUAAAACGAAUGGUUAGGGAUAGUAAGCUUGCAUCGAAUUAUAGUCCAGAAGAAUUCAUAGUGAUAGAGCAGAAAGGUUCAGAUGUCAAGUUAUUAUCUAAAGAAUCAGAUCGAAUUAUCCAUCGGAAUCUGGCCCAUAUAAAAUUGAUAGGAAUGAAGAUUUUUCAAACGAAACUGUUCUAGAAGAUAGACCUAAUGCACCAGAGGAAGAAAAUUUACGAGAAGAACUAAGACCAAAUCUUGAAAUCAGAAGAUCAGCCCGUUUGAAGAAUUCUAUUGCGAACCGUGAACAACGUGAUUGAUUUCGGAGAAGAGGAGGAGUUGUAGUGUAUAAAUGGGUUCAACUUCAGAGAUUAAUGAGAUAGCAACCCUUGUCUUUAAUAAAGAUUGUUCAUUCUGAGUUGUACAGUGAAAGCGACGACAUCGUAUUUCAUUUCCUGUAGUGAAGACAUCACAGAACGAUCCGGGACAUCCAACCCGAUUCAGUUCAUGCUGCGGCCCAGCUCUUCGAGAUCUAUUUUCGCAUCCUGGAUUUGUACAGGUACAGCAUCGGCGUUGCUGCUAACUGCACGGCUGCAUUUCCACAAAACAGUGCAAUGUAAGAUUCUCGAUCGGUGUUAACUACAUUUUUUGAU